AUGUGUUUAUUUUUGUCUCUGUGUAUAUUUGUUUGUGUCACGCUCUGUUUGUACACACUCCUGAGCGUCUUGUUCCAUCUGUCUGAGUGUAUUAGUGAAGAUGGUCUGUCCUCUGUAUCUGUACAGCAUAAGCUGAAGUCUUCGCAGAAGGACAAAGUUCGCCAGUUCAUGACCUUCACCCAAGCAGGGGAGAAGACAGCUGUGUAUUGCCUCACUCAGAAUGACUGGAAACUAGAGGUAGCCACUGACAAUUACUUUCAGAACCCAGACUUAUACUACAAGGAAUCCAUGAAAACCUCAGUGGAUCGGAAGAAGCUGGAGCAGCUGUACAACCGAUACAAAGAUCCUCAGGAUGAGAAUAAGAUUGGAAUCGAUGGGAUUCAACAGUUCUGUGAUGACCUCAAUUUGGACCCUGCCAGCAUUAGUGUUCUCGUGGUGGCGUGGAAGUUCCGAGCAGCCACACAAUGCGAGUUUAGCAAGAAGGAGUUCUUGGAUGGCAUGACAGAGCUAGGAUGUGACAGUCCAGAAAAACUGAGGGCUUUACUUCCCAGAUUAGAACAAGAGCUCAAAGACAGCGCAAAGUUUAAAGACUUCUACCAGUUCACUUUCAACUUCGCCAAGAAUCCUGGACAGAAGGGACUAGAUUUAGAGAUGGCGGUAGCUUAUUGGAACCUGGUUCUCACAGGCCGUUUCAAGUUCCUUGACCUCUGGAAUAGGUUUUUAUUGGAACACCACAAACGGUCAAUCCCCAAGGACACAUGGAAUCUCCUCCUUGAUUUUGGCAACAUGAUAGCGGAUGAUAUGUCAAACUAUGAUGAGGAAGGGGCAUGGCCUGUUCUCAUAGAUGAUUUUGUGGAAUUUGCUCGGCCAAUCGUGACUGGGUCAAAACGUAAAACAGUAUAAUCAAGGCCUUGCCCACGGAGG